AUGGCAUCACCAUACCAGCCCUCCAUGUCGUACUCCCCUGCCACCACCUCCGACAUGGCGGCUGGCCCAUCCCGCUCCGUCUCCGAACUCCCGCAAUCCCAAGUCGACGCUAUCAUUCGCACGAAGCGAAAAGCGCGUGAACCGAAAGCCUGCUACCCAUGCCAUGCGCGGAAAGUCAAAUGCGACCGGAACCUCCCGUGUGAUGGCUGCGUCAAGCGCGACCACGCAGACCUGUGCUCGUACGAACGGCCCGUGAAGAAGCGCACCGCCGCUGCGCCAACAUCAACAGCAGCUACCAGCAGCGCUGCGCCGCAGACAUUUCGGAAUAGUCCUGUCGCUGGGCCUACAUCUGCGGUUGAGGAUGGUGGUGCUCCUUCGAUCCGGGUGAAGCAGGAGCCGGGGUUGUCGAGUCGAGGGAAUGCCGCGGUUUCCGCUGCGGCUGCGGCUGCGGCGGCGACGGCGGGGAACGGGAACGGGAACGGUCGGGUGUCUAUUGCGCGCGAUGAGUGGGAUAAUGUUCGCAGUCGGUUGAGGGAGAUGGAGAAGACGAUUACGACUUUGCGGGUUGGGUUGGAUAGGGCGGAGGAAGGGAAUGGGUCGAUAAUGGAGACGGGGAGUGUGCAGAGUGGCGAUGCGAGUACCCGGUCGAAAGGUGCUUCGCCGGAGCGUGAGGGUAUUCAUGCGGCGAAUACGUUGGGUGAAGGGACUGUUCAUUUGGGAUCGAGAUCGGUCCUGGCAUAUAUUUUGAAUAAUAAGUCUGGGUCGGACCAGUUGCAUACUUUGUUGGAAGGAGGGAUUUUGCCCAAGUUGGGUCUUGAUAAUGAGUCUGCUACAUACCCGUUUGUGGACUUGUGGUCGUCGGAUAUGUCUACAUUUGAUAUUAGCGCAGUUUGCAGCGCGCUUCCAAGUGACCAGCAGUGCAAGGAAUUCUUCUUUUACUACCGAGACAUUGCUGGCGCCAUUUAUCCCGUCCUCGAAGAUGUCCGUCAGUUUGAAAGAAUCCUCGACCUGCUUCUGCAAAGUAGAGCAUCUACAGGAGGGAUGUAUCGAGCGGAUCCUGUUCAAGCACAGAGGCCUUUUGGCGUGACCAUCGCAUUCCUAGGUCUAUUAUUCGCUGUGCUUGCGUCGGGCUGCCAAUCGUCUGAUCUCCCUAGUAAAGAGAGAGAAUUGACUUCUCAAGUAUAUGUGUGCUGUUCCUACCAAUGCCUGCGGAUGACAAACUUCCUGUCACAGCCUUCGAUUGAAGCCAUACAAACGCUUUUGAUUAUUGGCAAUGUUCUGUCAUAUAAUAUGAACCCUGGAAUUUCCUACGUGCUUCUUGGUAUGACACUACGUAUGGGACUGGUGCUUGGUUUACACGUCGAAUCGAGUCGCUUUUUACCGGCUGAACGAUACCGGAGAAGACACGUUUGGUGGUCCAUGGCAUGGCAAGAUAGCCAUUUCUCGCUCUCCUAUGACCGACCGUCUACAACAGCAGUCAGCCAGCCCGACAUCGCAUAUCGGGAAAAUUCGCAACUGAGUGAACUGUCGUAUUUCGAAACGCUCUGCCGAAUUAUCGCACUCGCUUUGGAAGUCGUCCGUAGCCGAAUGCUCAGCCCCCACUCACAAAUGACACCAAAAACCAUCCAAGGCUACAAGGAAAGAAUCCAGAAAAUCAUGAUCGAAGCCAAACCAGGUCUGCGCGACCGCAAGUACUGUCUUACAGCGACGGAGCAUUUGGAACGGGUCGUACUAAAGCUGCAUGCGUCGUACUUUACCUCCGAGCUCUGCAGGCCAGCGCUCAAGCCACCACCCGACACGGCGGAUCCAAUCAUCUCCGAAAUGCGAGCUGACUGCAUCAGCAACUUGAUGAAGACGGUCGAGGCGUACGUCGAAAUGCAUUCAAUCAGCUCACACGCGUCCCGAUCAUGGAUUACACUACAACGAGCCAUCAGCUGCAUCUUCCUCCUUGCCGUCAUCGAAGAAUCCAAGACAGACACACAAUUCUGGACCCUCCUCCAACAACUCAAACUCAUCAUCGCCGAACGAGCUAGCAACGAAUCUGUCUACGAAUCAGGCGACCCCUCCGCCGCAGCCGCCGCAACAGCAGCAGCAGCAGCAGCAGCAGCAGGAGGAGGAGGCAACCCCAUGACAUCCCCGAUCCCCGGUACCACCCCGAUACAACAACCAGACCGCAACACCGUCUUCAACACAAUCCCGGGAACCACCAACACAACCGCCGCCAGCCCGGGCGCCCUAAAUGCCACCUCUCCCGUCCCCGCAGCAGUGGCCGCAGACACGCAAACACAAUGGGCCAAGCCUCUUACAAAGACCCUUCGUGCACUGGAAAAGCUUGAAGCGGCAUUUGCCAACCAGGGCGGUCCUGGUCGGUACGCUGAUGCUACGGGUACCCCUACCACCGCUGCGGCAACAGCGUAUCUGAAUCCAAAUGCUGGGACGACGACGACGGCUAUGGGUGGGUUUAUGCCGCCUGUUUCGGGGAUGGGGUCGCUGCCGCCACCGACGCCGGAGAGCUCGACGAGUGGGGAGUGGACGAUACCGAAUAUUUUAGAUCGAGCGGCGGAGUACAUUCACCCGCCUUUAUGGGGGUGA